GAAAAAGCACAGAUGAAUAAUUAUCGAGUGGUUCUCCUUCUUCCCUUUGUCUUGGGGUUGCACAUAACCAAUGUAAUUGGAUAUGAUCAUCAAUCCUUCCCAAAGUCCUAUGCCACAUCGACUCUGAAUCGGAGCAGUUUCCCUGCAGGUUUCGUCUUUGGAGCAGCCUCUUCUUCAUACCAAUACGAGGGUGUAGCUAAUGAAGAUGGAAGAGGACCUAGCAUUUGGGACAAUUUCACCCACACGUACCCAGAAAAAAAUAGCUGAUGGGAGUAAUGGAGAUGUUGCUGUUGACCAAUACCACAAAUACAAGGAAGAUGUCGGCAUCAUGAAGGAGAUGGGUUUAGAUGCUUAUAGAUUUUCAAUCUCAUGGUCCCGAAUAUUACCAAGAAUUCAACCCUAUGUGACUUUAUUUCAUUGGGACCUUCCCCAAACUUUAGAUGAUGAGUAUGGCGGCUUCUUGAGUCCUCGCAUAGUGGAUGAUUAUCGAGAUUUUGCGGAUUUUUGCUUCAAAGAGUUUGGUGAUCGGGUGAAGUACUGGAUAACAUUUAAUAAGCCAUGGACCUACUGUAAUUUCGGCUAUGCCACAGGAUCAUUGGCCCCCGGCCGAUGUUCUGCUUGGCAAAAUCUAAACUGCACUGGUGGGGAUUCAGGCACUGAGCCGUAUUUAGUAGCGCACCAUCUACUUCUUGCACAUGCAUCAGCUGUUAAACUGUACAAAGAAAAAUAUGAGACAUCCCAAAAGGGGGUAAUCGGGAUCACGCUGGUGUCUCAUUGGUUUGAGCCUUACUCGAAUUCAGGAAAAGAUCGCAACGCUGCAUUACGAGCCCUGGAUUUCAUGCUCGGCUGGGCCUUGGACCCGCUAAUAUAUGGCGACUACCCAUAUAGCAUGCGCUCUCUUGCAGGGAGUAGGCUUCCUAAAUUCUCGCAUGAACAGUCUGCAAUUGUGAAGGGGUCGUUUGAUUUCAAUCGAAUGAACUACUACACCGCUAAUUAUGCAAAAGAUGCCCCUCAGCUUGGAAAUACAAAUCCAAGCUACACAACGGAUUCUGGGGCCAAUCUUUCAACUGAGCGAAAUGGAGUUCCAAUCGGUGCUCCGGACGCGUUGAAUACGUUCUUCUCUUAUCCAAAGGGAAUACGGAAGCUUAUGCUUUAUAUAAAGAAUAAAUAUGGCAAUCCACUUAUUUUCAUCACCGAGAACGGAGUCGAUGAGUUCAACAACUCUACUCUACCACUCAAGCAACAACUAUAUGAUCCGAUGAGGAUAGACUAUUAUUAUAAGCAUCUGUCCUACCUUCUGAGAGCAAUCAAGGAAGGUGCCAAUGUGAAAGGCUACUUUGCAUGGUCGUUGCUGGACAACUUUGAGUGGGGCAGUGGUUACACUGUUCGGUUCGGCAUCAACUAUGUAGAUUACCAGAAUCGACUUAAAAGAUAUCCAAAGUACUCAGCCUUCUGGUUCAAGAGUUUUCUCAAAAAGUACUAGCAUGUGAAAGUAAUAUAUGCAUAUUACAAAUUAAGAUAAAUUACUAUGAUGUACUACUCAACAUUAUGAAAUAACAUUAAUAAAAGAACUACCAUGAUGUACUUUGCCUCGCUAGCUUCUGAGGCUUUGUUGUUUUUUGACUCGUGGAAAGCUUUGUAUAUUUCUCGUACCAACAACUUUCUUGCCCAUGAUCUCGCUCAUUGGGCAUCACGAUGUAAUUUUGUUGGAUCAGGCAGAAGUUCUUUCUAGGGCUUUUGAGAUAUAACUGACCCAAAUAAAUUUGUAGUUUGCUUGUAUAAGUACCGUGAUAAAUAAAAAUAUAAUAUGA